GUAUAUAUAUAUAUGGAUGGCAGAAGUGUUUAGAGUGCAGAAAGUCCAGACAGACUGCAAACAUGCUGAGGAUCCUGUUGUUGAGCGUGCUGGCCGCCCUGGCGCUGGCUGAACCCAGAUAUCUGGAGGAGGGCCCUGAACAGAGGGUUGUUGGUGGAGAGGUGGCAAGACCCAACUCUUGGCCUUGGCAGAUCUCUCUCCAGUACCUGUCUGGCGGCAGCUACUAUCAUACCUGUGGCGGCACUCUGAUCAGAACUAACUGGGUGAUGACUGCUGCCCACUGCGUUGACACCUCGAGGACUUGGCGUGUUGUCCUGGGCGACCACGACAUCUACAACCACGAGGGUCGCGAGCAGUACAUGAGCGUCAGCAACGUCUACAUCCACCCCAACUGGAACAGCAACAAUGUGGCCUCUGGAUAUGAUAUCGCCCUUCUGCGCCUGUCCUCCAGCGCCUCUCUGAACUCUUAUGUACAGCUGGCCGCCCUGCCACCUUCUGGACAGGUUCUGCCCCACAACAACCCUUGUUACAUCACUGGCUGGGGACGCACACAGACUGGUGGGUCACUCUCGGCUCAGCUGAAACAGGCCUAUCUGCCUGUGGUGGACUACAGUACCUGCUCUCGUAGCGACUGGUGGGGAAGCACCGUGAAGAACACCAUGGUUUGCGGUGGCGGCGGAAACGACUCUGGAUGCCAGGGUGACUCUGGUGGCCCUCUGAACUGUCAGGUCAGUGGUCAGUAUGUCGUCCAUGGUGUAACCAGCUUUGUGUCUUCAUCGGGUUGUAACGCCUACAAGAAGCCAACAGUCUUCACCCGUGUGUCUGCCUACUCCAGCUGGAUUAGUGGCAUCAUUGGAUAAGCAGGAAAACCUGAGAGGCUAAAGAGAUAAACAUCCUCAAUUUAGCAUGUUUUAAGAUCUGCAUUGGCCAAAAAUACAAUAAACUUUUCAUCUGA